AUGCCCAGAAUAUCUGCGGCCCGCCGGGGUCCUCCAUGGGACUUCCUACUUGUUGCUUUGGUUUUACUUUUCCUAUCUUCACAGGUACAAGCACAGACCACGUACCAUUGCAAUGCUACCACACCUUGCUACAAUGGAGCUUGCUGCGGUGUGACUGACGGCCAGGGGAUUUGUGGUUAUGGAAGCGACUUCUGCGGCGAUACUUGUGUCAGUAACUGCAAUGCCACUGCUGCUUGUGGACAAUAUGCGGCCGUUCCCGGAACAACCUGCCCGUUGAAUGUUUGCUGCUCGAAAUACGGAUUUUGCGGAACGGAAAGUGACUUUUGCGAUGCUGACUGUCAGAGCAACUGUGCCGCUCCCAUUGAGCCGGGAUGCACCAGCAAUGAUGUCCUCAAGCGGGUCAUUGGUUACUACGAGGGGUGGUCCAGCGAUAGAGUAUGUGAUUCCUGGAGUCCCAGUAACAUCGCUGCCUCGGCAUUGACCCACCUGAACUCCUGGGCUUUGAGUGUGUUGAACAUGCUGGAGACGUACGGAUUUGAUGGCGUAGACCUCGACUGGGAGUACCCAGUUGCCAGUGACCGCGGUGGUAAGGCAGCCGACAAGAAGAACUACGUGUCCUUGAUCUCGACCUUGCGUAAUGUUCUGGACGGUUCAGGGAAGGCGUAUGGAAUCUCUUUUACGACCCCAUCAAGCUAUUGGUAUCUCCAAAACUUCGAUGUGCCAGGUAUGCUGGAAGCAGGAGCGGACUGGACCAAUAUCAUGACCUAUGACCUGCAUGGGACUUGGGAUGCCUCAGAUGUGUGGAUCGGUAGCGUAAUGCUGGCCCAUACCAACCUGACCGAGAUCAAGUCGGCGCUUGACUUGAUGUGGAGAGCGGGUGUUGAUGCCUCCGAUAUUGUCCUGGGAAUCGGAUUCUACGGGAGAUCGUACACAAUGUCGGACACGGCUUGCUAUCAACCUGGCUGUCCCUUCAUAGGCGCAGGGAAUGCUGGUUCAUGUACAGUUACUCCUGGUGUUUUGUCUUACAGUGAGAUCAUCGAACUCAUGCAAGACGAGGAUACAGAGGUGAUUUGGGACGACACAGAUGCCGUGAACUACAUGGUCUGGGGUGACCAAUGGGUCUCCUUCGAUACGAAUGUGACCUUUCAGCAGAAGGUUGACUAUGCCAAUACAAAGUGUCUCGGUGGGCUCAUGAUUUGGUCCGUCGAUCAGGAUACAUACGAUUGGCAGGCACUAAGCGGACUUCUGGGAAAGUCAGUCACCAGUAAUAACCUCUUAAGUGGAGGGACACUGGGUGAUUCGGAUAAGAAAGACUUGUCACACAUCUACUCAGCAUUUACCGGCACUGACUGUUAUGUCUCGGAAUGCUUUUAUUGGAACUCCGGUUGGUGUGAGACUGGCUACAGCACUUUGGACUACGUACAUCAGGGGUUAUACGGCAUAGUCGCUGAUCCGGACACGAUGACAUGUGCAACGGGGGAAGAAGGAGAUACCGAUGCUCAGUAUCGUAUGAUUUGCUGUCCCACUGAUGCCAUGCCCGAGGGUUGCGCAUGGGCAGGGUCCACGGUAUCCGACCAAUGUGGAGCAGUCGGAUGCAGCAGUGGCCAGUAUGAACUGGUAGCAGACCCUUACGUUGACCGAACAGGCUCAGAGAAAUGUGGGGGGAGUAAUUCGCGGUCUCUUUGCUGUAACACCGAUUCAGCACUCGAAAAAUGCUCAUGGAGCACGUGUGGACAAGCUUCAUUUUGUUGCCCUUCUGAAGACACAUACACAGGAUGCGAUUGGUACGGAUGUGACGACAAAUGCCCGGACACUAAAGUACUGAUCACGCAGAGGAGUGAGAUUGUGCUGGACGGAAAUGCCGUGACAUGUACAAGUGGAGCGAAUAAGCUAUGCUGUGAUCCUCCUGAUGGCUCCAACAGCUGGCCGGUGGAUCCUGAAGACUUGUUCAAGUACCCAGACGAGGAGAACGUAAGUUACUAUUACAGUGUGCAAAAAUCAUCAAACGAUGAAGAUACCGACAAUGCCAGCGAGGAUCCCUUUGCGCUCGUGAUGAUUGAUGGCGACGCCAGCGCCUACGAUGAGUCUCUGGUAGACCAAUGGACCUUUUUGGAUGAUGAAAACGAGCUUAGCAAGCGAGGGCUGAAGAUGCACAAGAGGCACAAUCUAUUUGAGCAUCGCAAUGACACCUUCGACAAUGUUAUAGAGACGUACCAUAUUCAGUGUGUCAGCUUGUUUGUCAACGGGUCGGCGUGUACCUCAAUCUUCAACGGAGGUGCUUCGAACACUAUCGUCAAAAUGCCCGCUGAUAUAGGAGCUGGCCCAUAUGCACGGGUAAUCAAACUUGCUCCUGUCGGAUCAGAUAGAUCAGACAUGAAGCCCCGUUCUACCGGUGAAGUCUAUGAACUUACGGUAGAUUACGAUUUUGCUGCUGCGGCCGAAGAGCAGAAAGGGGAUGUCAACUUCCGGAUCGACUAUACCAAUCUUCAGGAAUAUUGGAAAGACAUAACCGACACACCGGCUUCUCGAAAGCGAUGGUUUGGUAGCUUUGACAACUGGCUCCGGAAAAUGACCACUAUUGUUAAGGACGAGAAGGGUUCCUUGCCGUUGGACUAUGAGGAGACUAUCAAGCUUUUCCAUGGACAUGAGUAUUGCCCGGCUUGGAACACGGACGCAACUUUCGACAUCGAUGCCUUCAUUCAUUUGGAGCUUAACGGACAAUACGGCUACUAUUUUGAAGGCUCCAUAUUGCCCACUCCAAACCUCAUCUCAGCUUACGGCUACUUUUCGAUUGAGCCAACAGCAGCAAUUCUUCUCACCAUUCCCGAGUUAUUCUCCCUAGGAUUUCCCGGGAUGUCUAUCAAGGGUUUAAUAAAUAUUGGGCCUGAAUUGGCGCUGUACGGUCAGCUCGAUGCGUCCCUGCAAGUCUCAGGAGAGCUUAAUGCUGGUGUUGCUCUACUGUUCAAACGGACCGAGGUCUACUUCCCUCAGGAUGCGGCAGGGGCAGCGGCGAGUGUGGCACCGGCCGACUUAGACGACAAUGAUGAUGCCACCUAUAGUUUCGACCCAACAUUUGACGCACAACUUACUGCCGAAGGAAACCUGGCCCUCUCCUUAACACCCGAAGUCCGCUUUGGAGUCUCCGUGCUAGGGGGAGACCUCAUGUCUGGCUACGUAACCGCAGGUAUCAGCAAUACCAUUAACUUGGGAAUUAGUGCUGAAGCAUCCUACUCGGGAGAUGGGGCUUCUGCUGGCUUUUGCUACUGGGCAGAUUACGUCUAUUCGAUCUUCCUGAGGGCGGACAUGUCGUUUCUCGGAGAUGUUGCUUACUGGGGAGGCAACUACGAUGUGACCUCGCCAAGUGAUCCACUGGAGCUGGUGUCAAUGACAUGCACGAGCUACUCUAGUGGCGAUUCCCUGACCAAGAGAACUGAUACCGAGAGUUUGGUUGCUAACACAACAGGAAGCGCCUGUUUUGGUGGAAUAAUCUCCUGCCAAACUAUCGAGGACAACACUACAACUGCUAGCAACCUGUCAUGUCCGAUCGUUUGUGAUGGGUCCGAUAGCGGCUCCUGCACUGUUCUGGAUACUGCCCCUGAUCCUGAGUCCACAUCCUCUAAGAAACGCCAAGGGCCUGCCAGUGCCGCUACGAACGGUAUGUGUUAUCAUUGGCCCGCAUUGUGGUAUAACUGCGCAUGGUUUCCCGAUAAGGACCUUCCAAAUUUGGAUUCCAACACCAACUCUCUGCCCAACAACCAGUAUUGGACUGCUCCAGUGCUAAAAUUGCUUGCAGGAAUAUGUAGAAACGUAGCCAAUUACCUCUACCAACACCAAGCCUCGUGGAGUCCUGGCUACAUGGGACCUAACUUCAUGCGUUUAACAUAUAAAAAGUCAGGACCGAAAAGCCCGAAUCGAGCGGCGGCCUGCGGAAGUUCAACCACCAGGAAUACCCCAGCAUGGAAUUGCGUCCAGAUUAAAAGCUCAUUGUGGCCUGCGGCAGUGCAGAAAGCUUGGGCUGCAAACGACCCCAACUAUCAAUUCAUGCAGGGCUGGAGUGAUCCCAUAUCAUGUGACGAAUUUCCCUGUAGGGCUACCGCAUGUGCACCUGUCGAGCAACAGUCAUAUCAAAGUCUGGCGAACAAUAUGAUCUCUCACAUCAAAGACAAUUCUGUCAAUAUGGUGUGGUCUGCUACUGCUUUCACUGGAUACCCGCAGCACUUUACUGUCAACCUCUUCAACACCUACAGCAAUCAGCACGUUGUUAAUUCUCUUGGGCCAUACGGAGGGUACUAUGAUAGUGGCGAGAAUCUGCCCCUGACCGAUAUUGCAGCGGGCGUCAAUCUCUUUUCGAGCCCGAUAUGGUCUCUUUCCAGUAGCAAUGCGGUCUGCCGCAUCGAUGGGGGACCACCAAUCAAUGACCUCCAGAGAGGCAUCUCAUAUUAUCAUCUGACCACAUGUCAGGUCAUCUACGAGGACCCCAACCAAUCGGGCCGGUGGUGGAAGCGCGAUGAUGACGACAGCUAUGAUGGGCCUGAUCAUCUGCAUCCACGGUAUUGGCAAAUCAAAGGUGCGUAA